CUCAAGCAUAUCCGCGAAAUCACCGGAACGCAGGUCGAUCUCCGCAUCGAAGAAGACCCCGACUCCCCACAGCGACCCAACGACCCUAGAAUGUGGCACACGAAGAAUCUAAGAUGCGCCUCCUGCAUGGGAUCCUGCGCAGUUUGCAAUACUGCGUGCUGCAUGUACGAAGCUGGCUGUCGCGCGAAGAAAGAUCCUAGAAACUGCGCUUUCAAAGCCGCUCAGGCUGAGAGGAUCGUUUCGAAUAUUGAGGCCUUAGGUUCGCAUGUUCGGGAUAACACGACAUUCAUUAUGUGUACUUUGGGCGGAGGCUGCGGACGAUAUGUCUGUCCGGAGUGUUGUGGGAUCUGUCUCAAUGUGGCUUGUCAGGAUGUUCAGUGCAAG